GGAUAAUAAAAUAAUUCAAUUGAGCAACGGUUUGUUGGCUGUUGAAAGAAUAUUCUGGUGCUGCUCAUUUCGACGCUAAAAACUACAUGUAUUCAACUUUUACUGCUAUCAUCUCCUCUGCCUGACAGAUCGCUUUUUUUCAAACCUUCCCUUCCACCGCGACAGCUGCAAACCCGCUCAUCAUAGCUGGUUCUUGUGUCUCUAGUUGAGUGACAAAUAUGCAAAGUCGCUUAUCUGUAUACAAAGACUGUCUCAGCCUACUUGUCCAGAAUAAAAAUCAUCAUAUGCGAUUCGCUCACUAUCACACCUCUUAAACCUGAGGUUAGUUUAGUUGCCCAACUUUUCAUUUGUCCAGUCAUUUCGGAUCUCAAAAAAAGCAGCGUCAUUCGCGAGCGUUUUCAUAAUCCAGGGGACAACCAAAAUGCAGCCAGUUGACUCGUUAUCGCCGUCUCCGAAUAUCUCACAUCCCGGGGUUAUGGCCACCGAUAUCACCAAGAAGUUCCAGUCUGCUGUGAAGGCCUUAGCGCCGGGUGACCUUCAUAAGGAUGAUCACUUCACACUUUUCGAGGCCGUCGCGGCCCUCGAAAUCAUGGACCCUAAAAUGGAUAGCGGUGUUCUAGCAGAAGGAGAAUCAUUAGACGAGGAAUAUGACGUCUCCCGCGAUCUGCUUCCAGAGGAGAUCCUAGGAAUCAUUGACCAGCUGCUCUGCCUAGAGAUGGCUUGGCACCUGGGUUACCCUCUUUCGCAGACCCUUUUCACGAGCAUCUACGUAGAAGCCCUUCUAAAGCCCCGUCCAGCUUGCAUAGAGGAAGCCGACUUCUUAAGAGACGCCCAGAGCCGAGAAAAGCAACCAAAACUACUAUUCGUUUUACGGGCCUACUGCCUUGGGCUUCUGAAGGCGUGUUUUUUCGUGAAUGAGUUGGUUAAGGAUGAACUCUACUACGAAGAGGAAGACUUUGUCACUAACACCUACGAUCGCGACCUUCUCUAUGAAAUACCAGUCGCAUCAAUUAACAAUGUACUCCACAAAGCUCGAAGCGACCUUCGGGCUAUUAGUAAUGACAUGAUGAAAGAUAUCUCUAUUGCCCUAGAUCUUCGACUUGAAUUACGGAUCGCAUUUCUGAGGGCAAUUGACCUGUCGGGUCUCCGAAAAGCCAAUCCCGACUCGCUAAAGAUGCCUUGGGUACAAAUGAAUGGUCUGCUUGAGCAUAUCAGCAAGCAGCAUUCAUUAGGUAAACCUGUGCCAGAGGCAUUCAGUACCAAAUUGCAACGGCGAUUAGCUAGCACAAUGCCACCCCGUCCAAUGGUCCAGCCUAGCUUCGAGGAGAGUCAUGGCCACUUCAAGCAACUCUUCCAGGACGGCAUCGAUGUAAUGGAUGUUUUGAAAUACUCGGAACCUCAAAGUCUUUUGAAUUUCGUCUCACUAUUCCAAGCAAGAAAGCCUCAACCCCUGGUUUAUAUCAGAACAUUGCUACAAAGUUUACUAUUCAAUGAAAUGGUAGUUCUAGGUAGUUAUAGCAUCCGACAAAUACUUGACCGCGACCUCUCUAUCGUAGUCAUACCUUGCGGAAUACAGAUAGAUCCCGCCAACGACAAGAUAGAGGUCCCCACCGACCCGCGCCAUCAGACCGCAGCACAGAUGGAGAUUUUCCGGCAACGAGUGGCCGAGUGCUAUCUAGAUAUCUUCAGAAUAUUCUGCCAGAAUCGCUGUAGAGUCCGACGAACACUAUGUCAUAGCAUUCAAGAGUGGGACAUGUUACAAGCGGAUGUUGAGGAAAUCGACCAGCUCCUUCAGAUAGCGCUCGAUGAGAAACCCCUUGUGAUAGAUACGGGAGAGAUUGGUUUCUCGUUACCCUUAUCAUCUUGGGCAUACGUCUACAAACUCAGGCAGAUGGAAUGGAUCGUCCAACUAGGGUUCGAGUUAGAAAUUUACCAGACGGAUGAGCUUGCCGGCAUGUAUUGGUACCUCAAUUACCUCGCUAAAACACGCGCGCAACAUGGCGAUCGCAUCAAGGCAUUCACGAUGCGUAGUCUAAACGAGGCACGUUACGGUUCCACUGGCGAUAGUGAGCACCCACAGCAGCUACCCCAAUAUACGGCGGCCAAGGAGCGCGAGUACCUAACCUCAUUGGCGUUUCUACGCGUCACUAUGCUCGACGCGGCAUGCACAUGGGAAUUCGCCGAUGGCCUGUGUUGUCUGUACACGGUAUUGCAACGUUUGAAUCUCAUUGCUACACCAACACGGCCAUAUAGCACCGAUGCCUUGCGCUAUGAUCUACGGAUGAAGCCGUUCCGAAAUGUCGCGCUCCCAACCCUACCGACGCUCGAUGAAUUUACGCGUGCAACGCUACAACCCGAAACCCCAACGCGUGAUUUGAUUUGUUAUGCCGAGAGUGCAGUUGGUGGUGCGCGUAAAGGCUACGAGGCCAUGGCCAAGAUGUCGGAAGCACAGGCCUUCAGUGCCAAUGCGCACGACCGAUGGAUUGGCGAGAUCAAGAAAUGUCUUCGCGCCGCGAUUGCGGCGGGUGUCGCGGUCUCGACAUUACUGCGAGCAUUCGACAAGGCCAAGGUUGACGGUGAGGAUGGUGAUCCGAAACUGGCACUUAAAGUUGAGAUGCCACUCUCUGGUAAGGGUUAUCAUGAUUGGUGGAUCGUGCCGAAAUUGGUCCUUGUAAAGUGAGGUGUCUACGUAUUAGAUUGUGGCACACCAGGCGGGGUUUGUUAGGUGCAAUGGGUUAGGUCUUUUUUUACGAAUAGAGGCUGUGCAUACUCUCAAGGUAAUG